CGCCGACCUUCUCUCAUUCCCUCCAUUCUCUCUCUCUCUCCCGGAGCUUCGUCCAGUUCACCCCCAACCACACCCACCAAUUUCCCCCGAUCUCUCCGGAUCUGGGCUCAAUUCGGUAAAUAGAGUGAACGACGAAGCAACCGUCGGCUCUAUUCCACUACGGUCCUCCCCGCCAUCGCCAUUAUCUAAAGAAGAGAAUCCGGUCACGCGGAGUACGGUGACCACCCGGCCGCGAUGGCCUCGCAACAGGUGACGAAGACGCCCUUCCAGAAGAUCCUGGACCCGACCAAGAUCGGGACGUGGAACAUUGUGCGCCGCCCACCCGUCGAGAAUCACAGCAUCAUCCAGGGCAAACCGCGCGAGCAGAACUCCAAUGCGUUCAAGACGCAUCAGGCCAAGGAGGGAACUCGGUUACGAAAGGCCUUGAAGGCACUUACUCAUGGCAAGAACAUCUUUGCCUACCACAAUAUCCGCACGAAUCAAGUCGUGUACUCUCUGACUCGGUAUUUGGAGAACAACACAACCCUCAAACAACUCCUCUACCACGGCAAAAAGACCGUUCCCGCCCGCCUCCGCAAAGACAUGUGGGUUCCCUAUUUCAGCGUGCACUUCAACGACAGCAAGAUCGGGCUACGAGCAUACCACCUCCUCCGGGAAUUCUCCAUGCAGCGCCAACUCUCCCCGCCCAAAGAAAUGAUCACCAUCACGGACGCCUGGAUCGACCAGAAACGUCCCCGCGACCCGAAGGGCGCCGAAGACUUCCUCGAGAAAUACAAGGACAAGAUCGGCCGGAUCAUGCCCAAGCACCACCGCAAGCGCGCCGUCAUGGAUCAAAAGGCCACCAGUGUGGCAGAUAUCGCGGCCGUGCUGAAGAUCCAGGAAGAGGAGGUGCAGAAUGGCUUUGCGAAUGGAAAGAGGGGCUAUCUGACCCCUACCGCGCGGAAGAGGAGACGUGCUGCUAGGGCUAAGGAGGAGCAGGUUGCUGCGGAGCAGGCUGCGAGGGUGGCUGGAUUGGAGCAGGCGCUGAGCAGUGAGGUCGUCGAGUAUAAGGUUCAGGAGACCGCGGAUACCACUGGUGCGUUGGAGGAUCAGGGAGUUAAGAUCCUUUGGAGGGAUCUGCAUGAUGCGCGGUUUGCGGAGGCUUGGCCUGAGCGUGUGAGACAUGGUGAGUUGGAGUUGUCUCGCGAUCAUGUCAUGCCCGGUCAGAAGGGUGUGAGAUCCGAGGUGUUGGCCGAGGGUGAGUUCCGCGAGAGGACGGAGCAGCAGCAGCAGGGUGAGAAGAACUAAGAUUGUUCAUACUUUAUUUUUGAUAUCACAUCCUGGGUUGGGGAUGGUGUAUACAUAUGUCGCGGGCUGCGUGGUCUUUUCUCGAUGUUCGAUUUUCCAUUGAUAUAAAUUGUAUUUUUACUCACUACCACUACACUACUUACUAUGACUGUUGUUUUAGAGAAAUGAUGCAAUGGCGUUUGAGCAGAUCAC